UGCGUGCGUGUGUGUGUGUGCACAUGUGUGUGUGUCCUUGAUCUGUAAGCACACUUCCUGUUUGACAUGUUUUACCAGGUGUGUCACAGCAUGAAUACCGGCUCCUGGUUUCAUUUGGUGUCUACGUAAACAGCACACAGGUGUGGACUGCCUGGCUGACACUGACUCGUGUGAGUAUGAAGAGAAGACGGCCACAGUACUGAGAGGGAAGAAGGAACGUCUGCGCUCUGUUAGCACAAAAAGACAGCGAAAAGGGGGAAACUUCCAGAACAAGAAGACAGCAGGUGCACGGUGCCAGACUGGAGCUUCAAAAUGUGAGACAACCAGGAGGAGACUUUUCUUCUAUGGUUCGACCGAUGGAUCUGGGAUUCUAAUGUGGCAGUUCAGGCUCUGGGAUGUUCAAGAUGUUGCUCUGUUUCUCAGCAUGGCAAUAUAUAUCUGUGACCUAGCUGGAGCCAUCUCCAUCCACAGUGCCCAGAGAAGCCUCACCAGAUCAGUGCAGGAGGACGUCUUUUUCUCAGUGGACGUUUCCUGCGGUGGGAUCCCCACCAUAGAAUGGAACUUUAUGUCAGGUGUGGUCAGCCGCACCAUAGGGACAUGGCAGCCAGGGGUUUACACCAACAUAACUGUGGAUUACAGCAGCAGAGUGCAGGCCUACAACAAUGGCUCCAUGGGCCUGUCAGACCUGCGGCUGCAGGACGCAGGAUACUACGUCAUCACUGUCACAGAAGCGACAGGAAGCAGCAAAGACAGCGGCUUCGUCCUCAAAGUAAAUGAGGUUCUGUACGAGGACCUUCAGUACCUCUCCAUCUCUGUCGUGGCUCUGGCUGCUGCGGCUGCUCUCCUCAUGCUGAUCAUGUGGCUUCUGGACAAGGUUUACAGGAGGAUUGUGGCAUGGAGACGCCGGAGACGGAUGCCAGAGAAUAAUGAGACAGAGCUGCAGCCUCUCUGAGGGACGACACACAUGAAGACACACCAGUGCUGCUACAAAGGACCGUUGGUUUUACUGCUACUUGUUGUGUACAUAGAACUUUCCUGAAUAUACGUCAGACAAAACGGGAUUGAAUGUAAAUAUCUCACACACAGUGAUAUAAAAAUAAAUCUUGUAUUUAUUAUUACCAUAAUUAACGGUGAUAUUUGAUUCUGAAUUUUUUUUCUUGUGUACGUCAACAUUUCCCAUCAUCUAUAUAGAAGCACUGUCAAAUGAAUAAAACUUUUAUUCAGUUUCUUUAUGA